UGCGUUGCAGACGAUGUUUGGCAUCCUCGACGCCGCAAAUGGCACGAGCACAGGCAAGCCGAAGACAUCGGCGGAUCGCGCGUGCGACCAGUGCAAGCAAAGGAAGGUCAAAUGCCAGAUGACGAAGCCUUGUACGAAUUGUUCGCUGAAAGGUUUCACUUGUACCUACGACAAGCCACGCAAGAAACGAGGUCCAGCGGGGAAGCGUAUGAGCGAGAUUCGUCUUCAUCAGAAAAGUCUCUCGUCAUCAGACCAAGACCGCAUGCCAUUCGAAGCAAGUCCAACCAUGGAGUCACUUUCGCGAGUCAGCACGGCCAACUUUGACAGCAAUGGACAUGCCAUGCAAAGUGGGUAUGCGGAACGACAAACGUGGUCUGCAUCAUCGGCCUCGCAGCCUGAUCCCACGUCAGCAGCUCACACGAUGCCGGCAUACGGAGUUGGCAAUACUGAGCAGGCUGCGGCCGAUAUGAGUUCUGCGAUCGCUGGGGCCACACCACGACCACCCCAUCAGCAGUAUGCUGCAAGCGAGCACUCCACCACAAGUAUAGGUGGCAACUCCAUCACAAGUCCAGCGUCAUACAUAUUUCCAAGUUUACCUGCGGAAUCCCCUUCUGGCAUGACUGAUCCAUUUGGCGCAAUUCUGGAGCAAGAAUUAGCACCUCUCGCUGCAGCUGCGGAUGCUUGGCCAGCCAGAGUCAACGAGACAACGCUUCUGCCAUGGAUCGAUGUCUACUUCAAACGUUUGCACCCGACUGUCCCAAUUCUUAGUAGAACGCGUCUGUACUCUGAUAUGCUGCUGCGAAAACACCGUACAGAUCCUCAAUAUGGAUCAAUGCUGCUGGGUUUGGCAGCAUUCGCAAUGACUCAGCCAGUUCACAUCCACGAGCGAAGAUCAAUGCCCUCCCGGUCGAUUCAGGCCCGCAUGCUGAUGGAAGAAUGCGUGAAGUUGAGGGUAGCUGUGAGCUUUGGCGAGGAUCCGACAAUCGAGAUGAUUCUGGCAAGCUUUUUCCUGUUCGCAUGCUUAUUUGGCAACAGCGAGCACAAAGCAGCCAGACAUCGACUCAGAGAGGCUGUCGACCUGGCAUACUCCCUCGGACUACAUCUACCUAAUUCAUACGACGGGCUGGCCUCAGAGAAGAGGGAGCAGUGGCUGCGAACAUAUCUGGUUCUUUCAGUGACUGAGCGAGCAUUUGCUCUCCAACAAAAUCACGCUAUCAGCUUUAGAGGACAGCCUGGCGUCGCAGCUCGAUUCAUGCAGGCAUUUGAUUCUAGGGCCACAGACGAGUAUAUCUCGUUGCUAAUCUACCAGGACCAAGCGGACGCCGUUGGCAUGACCGGUCUUCUCUACCUCAUGGAUACAUUCGACACCGUUGAUGAAAAUGUAAUGGAUUGCUGGAACGGCUUCUGUCAUUACAGUGAUGGUGCAUGCGAGACGUUUGAUCGAAGACGAGCAUUGCAGACAUUCCGAGCUCAGCGAAGAGUCCGAGAGGCUUGCAUUGCUGGCAACAUCAGCUUCGCUCCAUCGGUCACACCACUUCCGCUCGCGCAGCUGGUAGAAAGCCAACAAGCCGAUAUCUCGGUCGCUCAAUUCUGGCUCUUGAACCGCCUGUGGAAUCUUUGCUUGUCACAUCAGCUCUUACGGGAAACUUCGGACUACGAGGAGCUUCGCUACGAGUUUGCUUGUCACAUCGCACACGCUCUGCUCGCAUAUUGUAGCAGACUUUCUCUCGCCGCUAUGGAAGUCCAUGGCGUGGGAAUGGCAGAGAAGAUCUAUGACGUGACCGUUGGAAUUCUGACAGCGAUCAAUGCGACUCCCCUCAUACAUCUAGAGUUGGUGCUCGGGCCUUUGGAGCCAGAUGUGAUUCCUGGAGCCAUGACGACCGGGCACAUUACAGUUCACGCCCUGCUUGAGGGACUUGGGAGGCUCAUUGGGGAGUUUCGAGGAGGCGAACAUCCAUUCAGCUCGAAGUUCGCGUCCGCCGUGAGCUCGCUUCCAGCAUAUCAGGUGCAACCAGGCUGA